AUGAACCACGAUGCAGACAUCACGCCCCGUCCCAACAAGCGCCGGCGGGAUUUCGAUGGCGCUCCCCACUUCGCACCUCCAUCCCCUGCCCCUCCAUCAGAAUCGUCCUCCGUCUCCGCCUCCGCCUCCGACGUUUCGCUCGAAUCGCACCAGAGCGGUCGUCUGAGCCCGACCAAGCAGCUGAUGAUGCUCGAAGACCUCGAGGAGGACCCCGUUGUCUUCUGCAGCUUCGACGAUACCAUAUACGAAGAGCCUGCAGAUGUUUUCGCCAUGCGCUGCGCUGCGCAGCGCUUCGCCGAUGGGGUGGGCAUACUUGGGUAUGAUCAGGAUAGCCUGCGCCUCGCUACCGCGGAGCUCUCCCAGAUGGAUCAAACGCGCCUUGGCUUUCCUUGGGCUAUUGAUCCGCAUCGCAAUACCAUCGGCACGACGCCUGAUAUCGCCGCGGUUCAGACGCUUGUGCACAUGGCGCGCAGGCGCGAUCGCAACACGAGCACGUCCGAGGAUCAGUGGAACGCGAAGGUGCAGCUCCCGCUGCUGGAGCUCGCUCUUUCGACGAGCAAGCACAAGGAGCAGCUCACCAUUGAGAACGUUAAAACAGCCAAGAUCGAGCCCAAAUCUCUCGCCCGCGACACCCUCCCCCGCCGCGUCGUCGACUACGUAAUUGCUCUCGAGCAGACCGAGCACACUGGCCGAGCCUGGGGCCGCCUGCGAAAGCACCCCGAGGCCAAGAUCAAGUCAUGGAACCACACAAGCACGGCGCGCCGCACACCCUUCGCCGUCAACAUUGAGACGAAGAGCCCGACGAAGGCGUGGACCGACGGAAAGCCCCAGAUCGCCAUCUGGACAGACGCCUGGUUCAAGCGGCUCUCGUUCAUCGGGAGCCCUGGGGAGCUCUGGCCGGCGGUGCCGCUGCUCAUUGCCCAGGGCCAUGAAUGGCACCUGCUAGUCGUCUCCAAGAGCAGCGUGCAGAUCACGAUAUGGGAGCAGGUUGCGAUUGGGAGUACGCGCACGUGCUUCGAUGCGCUGAAGGUGGUUGCCGUCCUCCAUUGGCUGAUGGAAUGGGCUGAGACGGUCUGGCGGCCCUGGCUUCUUGCCCUGGCAGACCAACCUAACAUAGGCGGCUGA